UGUAGCUACAUAUAGGCAACCUGCGGCGCCACGGCAUUUUUCAUCUCUUCCUCUCGACUACGACUGAACUGAAUCAUGUCUGGACGCGGAAAAGGAGCCGGCAAGACCAGAGCGAAGGCCAAGACCCGCUCCUCCAGGGCCGGACUCCAGUUCCCCGUCGGCCGUGUCCACAGACAUCUGAGGAAGGGCAACUACGCCCAGCGUGUCGGUGCCGGAGCUCCGGUCUACCUGGCGGCGGUGCUCGAGUACCUGACCGCUGAGAUCCUGGAGCUGGCCGGUAACGCGGCCCGCGACAACAAGAAAACCAGGAUCAUCCCCCGUCACCUGCAGCUGGCUGUCCGCAACGACGAGGAGCUCAACAAGCUGCUGGGCGGAGUCACUAUCGCUCAGGGCGGCGUGCUGCCCAACAUCCAGGCGGUGCUGCUGCCCAAGAAGACAGAGAAGCCCGCGAAGAAGUGAAGACCCCCGGGACCGACUGACCAACACAACGGCUCUUUUAAGAGCCACACACCCUGAACCAGAGAGAAGCUGCUUCCUGCACUGAUAUUCAAGAACACAAAUCUAUAGUCAAAUAAUGUCAGUUCGUCAAGAGAGUUCUAAAACUUAGGAUCGUCAAAAUGUUUUUAGUUUAAAGUUGUACUGGGUCGUGUCAUCAGUCCGUAUAGUUUUAUUAAACGAGUCUAAACUCGUAACUCGGAGCAAUUUGUAUUUCUACACUGCGUCCGAGCAACAGACUGCCGGCAAGAAGUGAGACCCAGAACAGGAGACGUGGCUUCACCAGGGAUUAGAUGAAGUCCGAAGCUUGUGUUGCUCUACAUCAAUAAAACAUUCGACCAGUUGUUUGUCAGGUGAAUGAGGGAGAAUCAGGAGUUUUGAUUUUUUACUGCGGUCGAGUGACGAGUUUAUACUGAGCAUUACGGUUAGAGGUGCAAAAAUUGUUUCACAAAAGAAUAAUCUUUAUCGACACAUGUCGUGAACAUGAACCAACGUCCACAGUAAGUACUGAUAAGUAAAAGAAACCACCCCCGUGUCGCUCAUACAGAUUUUAGUGACACUACCGUAAUGAUUAGUAAAUCAUACAAAGAACCUGAGGGCCCGCAGUCUGUACCAUGUGACCUCAUCGGUUUGACACUCUUACUUAAUGAAUAUAAGUAUAGUUAAUACGUUACAUCUUCAUGUAUAAUGCAGCACAUGUGGAAUCUGUAUGUCAUAAGACACGUGACAAUUCUAUACAGAGGAUCAUGCGAUCUUCAGGUUUCGUGUGUGUGGCUCUUAAAAGAGCCGUUGUGUGGUGUCGGGGGCCGGGAGACUCUACGCUCUCUCCCCGCGGAUGCGGCGGGCCAGCUGGAUGUCUUUGGGCAUGAUGGUGACCCUCUUGGCGUGGAUGGCGCACAGGUUGGUGUCCUCGAACAGGCCGACCAGGUAAGCCUCGCUGGCCUCCUGCAGAGCCAUGACGGCGGAGCUCUGGAAGCGCAGGUCGGUCUUGAAGUCCUGGGCGAUCUCUCGCACCAGGCGCUGGAAGGGCAGCUUGCGGAUCAGCAGCUCGGUGGACUUCUGGUAGCGGCGGAUCUCCCGCAGCGCCACGGUACCGGGCCUGUAGCGGUGAGGCUUCUUCACGCCGCCGGUGGCCGGCGCGCUCUUGCGGGCAGCCUUGGUGGCGAGCUGCUUCCUGGGAGCUUUUCCUCCGGUGGACUUACGAGCGGUUUGUUUGGUUCUGGCCAUUUUGUUUUUCUCUUCCUCAGUCAAAGCACGAAUGUGGUGAAAUAGUGUGAACAGAGGCUUUAUAAAGGAAAGUGCCGGAUCUACGUCACAGCUCGUUGGACCAAUCCAUGUAGAGCGCGCGCUGGAGCUACUCGGCUAUUGGAUGAAACGAAUUUCAAAAAUGAAAAUGAACCAAUCACGUUCGGCGGCAGUUUAACGGCUCCAGGACAAAAGAGGGAAAGAGUUCAUGAAUGAUUUUAUCAGAAUAAAGUUUUAAACUGUUUUUCAAUAUUUUCAUCAAUAAUUCAGUAACAUUUGAUAACUCUUUAUACAUCCCCCCCUUUUUUUUUUAAAUAAAUCAUUUUAAGAUUCUAGCUUUGUGAUGUUCGUUGUGGCCUGAACAGACGGGCUCCAGGAUUUUGCUUGAUUCUUCUGUAGAAAUAUUUCAAUAUAUAUAAAAACUUCCGGACUUUAUGAUUUGUGAUAAUAUAUAACAUAAAUACCUACAUCAUUAUAACACUGUUUUCUUCUUCUCUUUUCUUUCCACUCAUGUUUGAAUCUGAGCAUCUAAAGAAACAGACAGUGAAAUACAUCUACAGUCAAUGAAUCCAUGAAAACAACAACAACAGUUUUUACUGUGUCGUGUAAAAUAAUUCAUGAUAAAAAAGUGUCCCCGAACUUUGACCCCACUGUUCAAUUACUGUAGAUCAGAGAAGAAGAAAAAAGAAAAACAAUGACUCUAUUGUUGCCUUCAGGUGGUUUCUGUAUUUGUAUCUGCUGCAAAAAAAAUUAUAUCUUUAUCUAUAGCUAUAUAGAUAUAGCUAUAGAUAUAUAUAGUGGCGACACCUAGUGGUUGCGCUCGUGCACAGCCCUGAAUGAACAGCAUGCAGUGUUCACAUGCUGAAGUGUCAAUCAGAGAGAAGAGCAUCAGUGAAGUGAAGCUGCACCUAAAUGUCAGGACAGGUAUGUGUAUCUAUAUAUUAAUUUUGUACUGUAUGAUUUGUCUUAAUUUUUCAUUUUGUUUCUAAUAUGUUUGGGUUUUGUUAAUAUAUUUAUUUCAGUUUUUCACGGUGUUUGCUGGCUACAAGAAGAUGUUGCUGAUUAAAGAAGAAAAUAAAUA